UGCAUGUUGACUACUCAUGGUGAGGAAAGUGACCACAGAGAACCAGACGCCGUACGCCACUCCCAUCUCCAGACAUGCCCAGACAUGCCAGGACAUCCCCAGAGACAUGCAGGUGAAGCCCUAACGAGUAACGACCGAUUCAACAUUGGAAUGAUGGCUCAAGCACAACCGAAAGCGUCUGGAAGUGGAAGGAAAAGAAGAAUGGAUAUUUGGACACACUUCAAUUAUAAUGAAAUGGAAAAGAAAACCCAAUGCACCGUAAUAACGGGAGAAAAAUUAUGCGGUUUUAAAAUUUGUGGGAAGAACACUACGAACCUCAAAAGGCACCUGAAAGCCCACCAUCCUUCACUUCAUGCCACGAUCCCAGACACAAGACCGGAAAAACAGCAGCCUGAUUCAGAGAGGAUGGGGACCUCUAUUCAAGCUUUCUUCUCCUCACAAUUGAAAUAUAAAGCCGACUCAGCCGAACAACACAUUAAAGAAGAGGCGAUUUCCCAGUGGAUUGGACGCACUGGCCUACCUGCCCGUUCGGUUGAGGAGGAAGAUUUUGUCCCAAUGAUGCAGAGCAUGGACAAGAGGUUGACCGUACCCAAAAAAGCAAAGAUAACAAAUUUAGUUGAUAAACUUUACAUUGCCGAAAGGGAGAAAUUUCAAGACAGAAUUUCCACAGCACGCAAAAUCACAAUUGGGCUUGACAUAUGGUCAAAAAAAGGGCUCACAGCAGCAUUCCUUGCCAUUAGUGCAUGUUAUUAUUGCACUCAGCAAAAAAGGGCAAACCACAUACUGCUGAGGCUUGAGCAGAUCUCCCACCCACACACUGCAGACUGUAUUAAAACAUGUGUUGACCGAUGCACAGAGGACUGGGGAAUAUCCAAAGAACAAAUUCUGACGGUAAUAACUGAUAACAGGAGCAACAUGGUUGCAGCCUUCAAAAAUGAAGAGGAUGAUGAGCCCAGCUCUGACGAUGAGGAAGUCCAGAACAGUGAUGAGGAAUCUGAGGAGUGUGAAGAAGAGCAAAGGUACGGAGCCAUAAAGAGGAUACCCUGUGUGGUACAUACGCUGCAACUCGUGGUGAACUUGAUCCACAAGGAGCAAAGUAUUAAAAGACUCUUUGACAAAGUAAGAGGACUUGUCAGGCUAUUCCGCAAGUCAUCUGUAGCAACUGAGCGACUGCUCCAGCUGUGUGGACUUACUCUGGUCAAAGACUGCCUCACUAGAUGGUCCAGCUCAUACCAGAUGAUCUCCCGCCUUCUGGAAGUAAAGGACUCAACUGUACAGGUUGCUGAUGGGAUGGACUGGGACUGUCUCCUGCCCAGUGAGUGGCAGAAGCUGGCUGCUCUCAGAGACCUGCUCCUCCCCUUCGCAGAGCAUACCAAGAUGCUACAGAGUGACACCAUGUCCCUAUCCCUGGUGGUGCCUGCCCUCUUGGACCUGAGUGCUCACCUGUCCCAGUUUCCCCAGGGCACUGCCUACAGGGACCUAGCUCACCUGGCAAAAAAAAUGAAGGCCAACAUAGAGGAGCGCUUCAGCUGCUUCCUUGAUCCCAGUGAUUCAAAGUUCUCGCCCCUCGCCACUGCUGCAUGCUUCCUGGAUCCGACUGUUUCACCUGAAACCCUCAUUCAAAAUGAGGACAUGCAAAUUCAAGAGCUUCUGAGAAGAGCAGAAGAAUACAUUGCUCAAACUCUAUCACCACAGGAGGAGGAGGAAGAAGAGAGAAGGGAGGCACCAGAGACAGCCCCACCUUCAAAGCGUCCCAGAUUUCAAUUCCUCUCAAAAGCAAGUACAAGCCGGCCAUUAAGACCAAAGCCCUGUGUCCAGCAAGAGCUACAAAAGUUCAAGGAGCAGCUUUCUCAGCCCAUACACGAAGAGAGUGCUAUUGACUUUUGGGCUGCACAGGGUUCUACUGUGUACCAGACCCUAAAACCAUUUGCCUAUGACCUUCUGGCAAUGCCAGCCUCUCAAGCAUUUGCAGAGCGCGUUUUUAGUAUAACAGGCGACCUCACUCGUGGUCUGCGAAGUAGAGCAAGGCUCAUUUUAGAGAGAAGUACUUUCCUCAAACUGAACAGAGAUCAGUAGCCUCAUUCUGCUGACUCGAGGUGGGGGGGUUCAUGUUGCUGUUGAGACUACCCUAUCUGAUUGUUAAAGCGUGUGUGUGUUAAGUUGUUACACUGUUCUGUUUAUGUCUUGUACACACACAUCCAUGCACACGUACACCACCAAGCAUCGUGCACACACACAUACUCACGCACACA